AUGGCGCCCAAGAGCAAGCGCCAGAACUCGGGCGGCAGCAAAAAGAAGGAGGACCCGAACAAGCUCCACAAUGUGCCCCUCUGGAAGAUGAUGGGGAAGGCCAGCCUGCGCCCCUGGCCAGACGAGAAUGGUAAUGCGGUGCUCUCGGACCAUGAGCCGCCGCACCAGUACUUCACGCUGGACAAGGCUCGCGAGAUCGUGACCGACGAGUCGUCGCAGCUCGUGAAGGUGCCGGCCUCGGGUUUCCUGAACGCGAUCUCCGGUCUCGUCGCUGGGCAAGAAGUGCUCCAAUGCGUAUCCUCGGAGAAACCGAAGUGCGACGAGCUCGCGAAGCUGAAGCUGUGGGAGGCGCGGAAGCUACUCUGCGACAAGGAUGUCCUCAAGGCGGUGGACGCACUGCACUUGCCGUUCGAGAAGUUCGAGGACAAGCGCAGCGCAGAGAAGGCCGCCAAGGUCGUCAUCGAGCACUUCGGGAGCAAGGACAAGGCAUCAGAGCGCCUGGCUGUCCUUGGUCGUCUCGCCGAUGAAGGCGCCCGCUUGUACAUGGCAGCGAUGACUGGGAUCGAGCUUAUUGCGCUCACGACCUCUGUGAAGGAGUGGUCCAAGAAGAUCCCAGAGCCGGAGAAACAGCCCGCGAGCAUCCGCAAGUUCAUCAAGAGCCAGAAGAUGGACGACCUGGUCGCCGCGCUGGCCAACGGCGUUGCCGCGGCCGCGGAGAAGACGGUGCGGAAGAAGCGCUACGCUUUCGGAGAGGACCUAGAGAGCGCCGAGAAGUCGACCAGCGGGAGCUCCUCGAAUAGCACCGACUCCGACGGCGACUCCAGCGACAGCAGCAAUUCGAAGGAUAGGAAGAAGAAGAAGAAGAAGAGGACGGACAAGAAGCGCGACAAGUCCUCCAGCCGAGGCCGCAGCCGCAGCAGGUCCAAGGACAAGAAGGACAAGAAGGACAAGAAGGACAAGACGAAGCGCGAGAAGUCGUACGACAGUGAUCGGAAGAAGCACAAGGACAAGAGGAAGCGCAAUCGGAGUCGCUCUCGCGACGGCAAGAAGGAGAAGAAGCGCGGACGCAGCCGCGAGAAGAGCGUGGACCUCUUCGCGGACGAGGGCGGGUCCCAGGAAGAGCUCGCGCCCGCGGAGAAAUCCUGGUCGACGUGGGGCGCUUCCGACAUCCAGACCUUGAAGAACCGCGUCAUCCAGUGCGACGGCAAGCCCGACCUCGAGGAACUCAAGCGGAUCGCGCAGUCGCUGCCCGAGGAUGUGGCCGAGGCGGCUGGCCUCACGUCGACGUGCGCGUCCGUGUCUAAGCUGGUCAGGAUGGCUCGCAAAGAAACGGUGAAUAUUUUCUUGGGCAAGAUCAAGCAGCUGACGGACGACGCCCUGGCGUGGAAGGACGCGAAGAAGAUCGCAGAAGAGCCCGAGGACGUCGACAGCGAGAAGGUGACGGGCGAGGCAAAACUGUGCCAGCGCCUCGCGCUGCCUUACUAUCAGCCCAGCACGCCCCGCACCGAGCAGCCGCUACCGAGCUGGGAGACCAUGCCGCCCAAAUUCCGACAGGUUGACGUGCUCGCUGCGCUCCGCCGCGGGGAGGCUGAGGAAGUCAUUCGUGCCGACCUCCAGGCCCGCGGAUGCCCGCCGCCGCGCAUCUCCCAGCUGUUCAAGGGCGCGCGCGACAUCAUGAGGGCGGAUGUCGAUGCUGAGUAUUUGGAGGCGGAGCACAUGGCGCCGGCCGUGCGGAAGCGGCCAGCCAGCGCCGCGCCGAUGGCAGCGGCGGCGGCGCGGCGCCGCCUGAGCGGAAAGCAGCCCGGCGCGGCUGUCGCGCCGCCCCCGCCGCCGCCCCCGCACCCGCAGAAACGCCCGGCGUCUCAGCCUGGCGCCAGGGCGCCCAAGCAGCCGAGGAUGAAGGUCGACGCGGGUAUCGACAACGCCGUGGCGGCGGGCCCAGUGGUGAAGAAGCCGGCAAGGUCUCGCGGCUCGUCUGACUUCUGCAUCGGCUGGGAGCAGCCGCAGGAGGGCUCCGACGAGGUCAUCCAGCAGGACUGCGUGUUCUCCGCCUCCACUCCUGGCGCCAAGGUCUUUCGGGGGCGCGGCGGGAAGAAACAGUGUUUCUGCUGCGACGUCGAUGCCCUCCCGGAGAAGGUGAAGACAGUCAAGGGCAGGGCGGGCGCCAUGCGCUACCUGAGGGCGCUCCACCAGUUCGAAGACAAGACCCCGCACGACCUCUUCAAGGCGAGGGUGGAGAAGGCCGGAUUCGAGAUCCCCGAGGACCGCGUCAGGCAGCCGAAGCGCGGCCGCAAGCCCGCCGAGAAGAAAGUGGCGGACUGGGCCGAUGCCAAGGCGAAGCGGCAGACCACCCAGGAGCCGCCCGACCGCAAGCAGAAACGAAAGUUCCGCCAGGAGGUACUCGAGGACCAGCGGUACGCGAAAAACCUGGUCUUCCCUGGGUCGGAGAGGCGCGAGCGCGCCUCUGGGGCGGAGCUGGAUGCGCACCUGGACAACGGGACUGGCCUCCCGCCUGCGGAGUACUCCGACUACUCAAAGGCCUUGGAGGCCUGGUGCCUCCGCGGCUCCUGGGGCAUGUGCCCGAAGUGCCAAGCGAUGCAGCCGCGCGAGUUCUACGAGGCGGACCUCAGGCGCGAGCGCAAGCCCGAGCUGGCCAAGUCGCAGUGCAAGCUCUGCAACGCGAAGCGCAAGCACUACGUCCCGAAGCCCGAGGACGUCCCGAAGCCGCUGCAGGACCUCACGCCCGAGAUCAUCAGUGCGCUGAGCCUGCUGGACGUGGACGUCGGCGCGGUGGUCCGGUCCCACGACGCCAAGGGGAAACCCAACGGCUACCGCAAGAAAGUGAAGAUGAUCCGCUUCUCCUGGUCGGAGCACGCUCCGAAGAAGAAGUUCAGGAACGUCCCGCACGCGGACCGCGAGAAGGCGAAGGCCGCCUACGAUUACCUGAUGGACAGCAAGGAGAGCUGCUACAGGGACUUUAAGAUGCAGCGCGAGAAGUUCUUCGACGGCAAGAGCCGCAAGCCCGACGAGCGCCAGCGGAAGCGCCCGAUCAACUUAAUCGAGCAGGUCGGUCUCGAGUGCGCCAUCUGGCCCCACCUGUAUUGGACGAAGAAGAUGUGCGAGUCGUACGAGCGCUACACGGACGAGCGCCGCGAGGAGCGGCGCGCCCGCAAGAAGGGCGGCCGCGGCGCUGCGGCAGAGGACGAGGAUGACUCGAACACCGAGAGCUCCGACGAUGGCGCGCAGUCCGCGAGCGCAGGCCGCGACCCGCACGACAGGCAGGACAGCGAUCACGAGAGUGAGCACGGCGACGGCGAGUCCUCUGACUCUGGCAGCGAGGCAGCCGACGGCGACAGCGACCAAGAGGCUGAGGAUGAUGCAGGCGAGGCAGAAGGCUCUGGGCGCCACAGCAUCAAGAAGAGCUUCAUGGCAAAGGUCCUGUCGCCGCUCAUCGGCUACGGGACCUCGUUCGAGCUGCUGCAAUACGUCUAUGAUCUGAACCUGUGGAGCACGCUGGGCAGUCGCAAGAACCUCGGCCUCGGGGACAAGGUCCCCAUGCGCGUGCUCAUGAAGGGCAACUCCUUCAGUCCGCUCUACUGGAAGGAGGUCCACAACGGUCUGAUCGACCUGGUCCGCCAGGUGGGCAUGCCGAAGAUCUUCUGGACCAUCUCGCCCUACGAGUACCUCGCGCCCUACCACGAAUGGGUUCAGGACGAGAUGUCCAAGAGCCUGCGCAAGCGGAUGUACCUCCCCGCAGCGGAGAGCCUCCACAUGACGCACGCGCUCCUCCAGAUCACGCACGGGCUCCUCGCGGGCGUGAAUCGCACGAGUGAGAAGAAGACGGGGCAGGGCGGCCGCGCGUGGAAGAAGCACAUCCUGAGCAGCAAGGACGAGGGCGGCAAACCCAUCAAACUCGUCGUCUUCGCGCGCAUCGAGUUCCAGGACGGGAGCCGCAAAGCGGGCACCUUCCGCUACCAUGGCAGCGGCCGCCCCCACGCGCAUGUCCUCAUCUUCGCGGACGAGCUCGAAGCCGCGAAGUUGGAGCAGUUCGUCAAGGCGAGCCUACCCGUGGCGGGGGACCUGGCGCUGAAGGGAAAGGUCAAGUGCUCGCAGAAGGACCGCGACGAGGACUGGAAGUGGCCCAUCCACGACGGCCCCGAGGGCUGGAACGACGAGGACGGCACGCUCAAGCUGAAGCACUCCGAGGAGGACAGGGACGAAGGCGUCCACCGCGCCUUCUUCGUGGACGUCAUGGACGGCUUCCCUUGCCACCAAGACCUCCAGGUUUCAGACGGAGAGUCCAUGCUGCUUCAGUACGUGGCGAAGUACGCAGCCAAAUUCUCGGACUCCUCCUUCGACGAGUGGUUCAACGACGAGGGAUCUGCGACCUCGGUGGCGCGCCGCAUGGUCAACGAGUACCACCCCUACGAGCCCGAGAUGUGGCUCCAGCUCAACGGUCAGAACUUCAAGCAGUGGCACGUCUCCACCGUCAGCAGGGGCAAGCGCGACAUUCAGGCGCGUUGGCCGGGCAUGGAGACGCCGCCCGCAUACGUUGAACAGUACUGCGCGGCCAGCCGCACCUGGCGCCGCGCCGACAUGCCCCUGCUGGAGUUCCUGCGGAAGACUGGAGACGACGGCCAGAUCGCCCACUGGAUUCAGAAGCCGUGGCGCGAGGAGGUGCUCGUCGUUGCAUUCGCCAAAUACGUCAAGGAGGGCGGCAAGCUGCCCUUCGAGAAGUUCCGCGUCGGCGCCACGAAGAAGGAGUUCCAGGCCUUUGCAGGGAGAGAGGAGCAAGGCGCCGACGACUUCCGCGCGUUCGCCAAGUGGCACGUCGAGGAGAAGCUCAACGCGGAGAUGAGCGCGCAGGUGCAGAUCGACCCGCUCGAGGUGGGCUCGCUCGCAGACUUUACCAACGACUACCAGAUGAACGGCGAGAAGAUCGUCGGUGUCGACCACGUCUACCGCCUGAACGACAAGUUCUUCGGCCAGUGGCUGGCGCUGCACGUGCCUUUCUCGAACAGCAUGGCCGAGCUCCUGGACGCGGACGUCGAUCGCCUGGUGCCCAAGAAGUACCGCUGGUUCGCCACGGCGCUGCGGCGCUGCGACGACCACGACCGCGUGCCCGUCGAGCUCCGCGACUUCUGGAGGCUGCCCCACAGGAUCAGGAGCGAGAUGAAGCAGGAGGCCAGCACGGACGACCACAUCGAGGAUGUCCAAGAGAUGGUCCACGGACAGAUGGAACUGGUGGACGAGUACCUGUCGGGCGCACGCAACCGCGCCGAGGAGGAGACAGCCGCGGCGGCUGCGGCGGCGGCGAGCGGCCGCCGCGGGGGCGCUGGCCCCGCCGCCCCGCAGCAGUUCAACGCCCAGCAGAAGAAGGUGGAGAAGGCCGUCAACAAGGCCGUCGACCGCGCCGUCAUCUAUAACCACAGCGACAGCGCCUCUGCGGUCGAGAGAGCGGGCGACGAUGCCUGGCAGAACAACACGCCGACCAUCGUCCUUGGCAAGCCAGGCACGGGCAAGACCACCGUCGUCAAGGAGUGCAUCCGCCGCGCCUGCGAGAAGGGCGCCCAGGUCCUCUUCGCGCUGCCCACGGCGCAGCUCGCGAGCCGUAUGAAGGAGGCCCUCCGCGUCAUCCAGAACGUCUGCGUGGACACCUGCCACGCGGCCUUCAAGUUCGGCCAGCCCGAGUCCGAGACGCUGCACCUCAUGAGCUCCUACGACAUGGUCGUGGUCGACGAGAUCUCGCUCCUCGAUAUGCCCCACUUCGAGAAGCUGAUGAAGAUGUGGGCCGCGGCGCAGAAGCUCCCUGCCUUUGUCAUCCUGGGCGACAAGUACCAGCUGCCCGCCAUUGACGCGGUCAAGGUGAUCACCCUGCACCAGGCCUGGCGCUGCAAGGACCCCGAGUUCCUCAAGGUCCUCGACAAGCUCCGCGUGGACAAGCCCAGCAAGAGAAUGCUCAGGAGCAUGUGCCGCGGCCGCAAAGCCUGGAACUGGGAGCACCCCGACGCGGACGACAUCAAGCGCCACCUCGACGAGCAUCCAGAGACCGUCAUCGUCACGUGCACGCGCCACAAAGCGGAGGAGCUCAACAACCUCGCCGUGGAUGGCCUCUUCGCGGGGCGCAGGCCCAUCGCGGUGAUCGACGGGGACAUCGACAUCAACCCCGAGAACUACACCAAGGACGGCUUCCGCGAAGACCGCAGGCCCCUUCCAGCCAAGGUGCCGAUCUACAGAGGUGCCCGUCUCUACCUCACACAGAACGUGCGCAAGGAGGACGACUACGUCAACGGCAUGGCCUGCACGGUCGAGAGGUUCACGCCGAACGGCGACGGCGGCACGCUCCUCGUCCGCACUAAGACGAACCAGCUCCUGCCCAUCACCAAGUACACCAACAAGAAGGUCGAUGGCCGCAGCGUGCGCCACUUCCCCAUCAGGCUCGGCUACGCGAGCACCAUCCACAAGGUGCAGGGCGAUGAGUUCAAGCACAUCACCGUCGUGCUCGACAAGCAGUUCUGCCCCGCGGCGGGAUACACGGCGUUGUCGCGCGUGGAGCGCGCUGCCGACUACAAGCUCGCGGGCACGUUGACGCCCGAGCACUUCGUGCCCGCCACCUGGAUGGACCCCGCCUGA